GUUCGUCAUUCAUUCAAAAUUGUUAAAAAGAUUUAUUUUACUGUUUUCGGAGUUGAGAAUUCUAAAAACGAUUGUUAUUACUAUAAUUCAGUUAUAUGUGCAUAUAGUAUAUUGACGACACGGAAGCUUUAUUUGGCACAAUAAUAAUGUGAGAUACAUAAUUGUUAUCUGAUAAAUUAUAACCUAUGAGAAAGGUUACUAUCACAGUUAAACCGGGCCUUGGGGCUGGUGCAGAGGAAACUGUUUAGAAUAUUGAAUAUCGUUGUUUUUCAGGGUAAACAAAAUGAGCUACAGUUACAAAAGUAAGGAGAAUGUCGAGUUUGGUGAAACUAAGGGGAAAGCUACACCGGUCGCUAUGGUGGCACCAGAGGUAAAGCACAAUGCAGACGUGAAGGCGGAGAUCACCAAGACCUGUGCUGUGCUGGGCUGCGAAGACUCAAAGAAUUUAGAUGAGGAGUCAUUUUUCAGAUUCCCAGAAGACGCGAACCUCAAGCAGAUAUGGACGGACCUGACGGGCCGCAACAAUUGGACGCCAACGGACUAUUCCUACAUCUGUAUACAGCAUUUCUCUGUAGACUGCUUCAAAUGCGACGCUUCCAAUGAGAUGGUCCUGGUGGAGAAUGCGGUCCCUUCACUGAAGCUGCCCAGACAUGUUUUGGAGGUCGAAUACAUAGACGAAGAAACGCUAGACAAUGAAGAAGAGGAAGAAGAAUACGAUGAGGAUUACAUGGACUUUGAGGAACUGGACGACGAAGAACUGCGGCCUGUAAACGGGAACUCUCACGCGGACAUACACGGCAAACCAGUAAAGACAGAAAAACCAGACAACACAGAAGUGCUCAAACUAUUCACAGAGGUCCAGAAAAUGCAAAGACAAGCCGUCGGCCUCAGAGACAAGCUAAAGAGAAGCAUGCGAGCACACAACCGCCAGAACAAGCUACUCCACCGCAUACAAGACAUGAUUGAGAGGAAAAAGAAGAUUCUAGAUCAGAAAAGAAAGAAAAAGGCGCGGAUUCUUCUGUCGUUGCAGGACAAGAUAAACGAGGACAUGAGCGGUUUAGUUUUAGCGAUGCCGAUCAGGCAAACGGAUGAUUUGAAGAAUUUCGCGCUUAGUAUAUACAAGUAUUCGCCGCAGGCGUACAUAUAUGUUAGGAAUUCGCUAAGAACAAUGCUGCCAAGUACGGAGGUGCUUGAUUCGUGGCUAUCGGCCGGGUACCAACCCAGAACCGCGUUGUCUAGUACAAACUUGGUUAAGUUAACCGCUGAGCAGACGGAGAAAGAGUUAUCAUGUAAAAUUAUGAUAGGUUAAGGUUAAAUCACGACAAACAUUUUACUUUCCAAUUAAAGAUACGUUAUGGAUUGAUA